AUGUCGGUCGCGGACCAGAUCCGCCAGCUCUCGGACGCCCGCAAGCUCGUCCUGCGUGACGUGAACUACUACGGCCAGGUCAUCCAGGCCACCCUGCCCAUCUUUGGCCCCUCGGCGCACGUCGAGCUCCGACGAUGGGGUGCCGAGUUCCUGGCAGAGGCCUUCGCGUCGCCCGCCAUCCAGCUGGGCCAGAAGGAGACCUUGUCGCUGUUGGUGCUGGACACACUGAAGAACCUGGUCGAGGACCCGAAUCAGGACGUUCUGGUACUGCGAAGCGUGAUUCAGACAGCAGCUAGUGUAUACCCGCUGGCUCUACGAUGGAUAAUAUCCAACGCUUACGAUACGAACACUUGGAACAACAUGACAGCCAUCAAGGCGAGGAUACUACGUCUGUGGGAGAACGCCCCCGCAACAUUACGGAUAUGCUGCAUCAAGUUCGCGCAAAGGGUCAUUCUAGCACAGACCGCGAGUAUCAACCCAGAGCCCAGGCGGGGCGAUCCUCUUGAUAUCUCUCUGAACAUGAUCCCGCAGAACCAUUCCGUGCUUAACGUGCACAGUAUGGAGGCCGAGGCUACUGGCCUUCUUGACAGGAUGCUCGGCGCACUGCAGGAGAACAGCAGCGAUGUCUUGGUCGUAGACGCAACCUUGAAUACCCUUUCAAUCCUUGUGCGCAUGAGGCCAACGACCACGAAUAGAGUCAUGAAUGCCGUCCUCAGCUUCAAUCCGCUCAAGCUAGCAAAUGCUCCAAUGUCGCCCAAGACAAAGGUCAUCGUGAGGUCCCUGGAAAAGACAGUACGGAUGCUCUGCAUCCAUCUGUCCAGACGUGAUCCCAAGGGCCCUCUGGCUGCACGUAUACAGCCGUACCUCGAGCGCCUGAUGCAAUCUCGCGCUGAAAUAUCCGAGGGAGUCAGCCGGAAGCGUGCCCUCACCGAACAGGCAGACGGUAUCGAGGCCAAGCGUCAACGAACAGCGCCGUCCUUACCAAAUCUCCAGAUUACGCCUUUACCCCCUGGGCCUCAUACCCUUGCGGACGUUUUCACUUUUACUCAGAACGAAGGUCUACGGAAGUUUGAUGUGGCCGUCGUUCCAGCACCGCUAGCAGCAAAGAUCAGUGUCAACACUAUUGCAACAAUAGAUCCCGGAUUGUUCGAAAGGGCUCUGGAUGGCAUUCGCAGCCGUCUAGCUGAACUACACAAGGCUGCCGAGCGGCCAUUAGACCCAGACACAACUGCUUUGGAUGUCGAGGAUGAUGACGACUACGAACCUGACUACUACGCAGCUGAGGAUACGGAGCAGAUUCUCAACAAGCUUGACUCUGCGCCAUCAUUGCAGGUCCGCGAGAUGGAGAAGCCAGCCGUGCUUGGUGCCCUUGCGUUGCCUGCUUACAAACUGCCGCCGCCUCCGCCACUAAACCCAGACCAGGCUGUCAGGGUUGGACAAGGCACUGUGACUCGCGUGUUCGGUGUCAUGAGCACGUUGAGUGAUCCAUCAACGAAGAAGACCAAGGCCGGCGUCAAUAGGCUGGCUGCUAGCUCGUUCGACAAGGAUUCGUGGAUCACCAUCAUUACACGGCUGGCAACCCGUGCCGCAGCCGGCUUGAAUGACAUUUCCGUAAAGGACGAGGAUGGCUCGAAAGCUCUCGGUGGUACCAGCCUCAGCAACUCCAUCCGCGAAUCGCUCUACGUCUAUGUUCUCGAAGACUUCCGGAAACGCAUCGAUGUUGCUGUCGCUUGGUUGAGCGAAGAAUGGUAUAACGACCGCGUACAACAACGCGCCGCAUCCGAAGACGGACGUGACGUGCCGGUCUUCUACGAUAAAUGGGCUCUCCGUUUACUCGAUGGGUUCCUGCCAUACCUCCAUGCCCAGGACAAGGUUCUCACCAGGUUUUUGAGUGAGAUCCCGGGCCUCAAUGCCGAGCUACUGAGCCGCGUGAAGACCCUGUGCCGCGAUCCCAGCAUGGUUACUCUGGCGUUGACGAGUCUGUUGUACCUGGUCGUCAUGCGGCCUCCCAUCAGAGAGACGGCGCUCGAUACCGUCCAGGAGAUCUGGGUCGAGUAUGAGGAGGCCCGGGCGAUGGCGGGCAAGUACCUCACCAAGUGGCGCCCGGGCUUCCAGGAGCAGCAGAAGCAGCUGGUAUCCGCGAACGGCAAUGCCAGUCCAACCGGUGCUGGACAGCCUGUCGUGGCUACGUAG